UUGGGUGUUAGUGGGAAGGUGUGUUGAUAGUCAUCGGUUGGCAAGCACCUGCUGUACUAUUGGCAGGGGAUUGGUCAGUGCAUGAUCACUGAGCUAUAAAUUGAACGGAAGAUAAUUUCUGCUUGUAGUGAAAAGGAAAGGUGAACAACCUCCAUGGAAGACUCUCAGGAUCUAAGUGAACAGUCAGUAAAGAAAACGUGUACAGAAUCAGAUGUGUCAGAGCCUCCGAACACCAGGUCUAUGGAAAUGCAAGAUCUAGCAAGUCCUCAUAAUCUUGUUGGAAGCAGUGAUGCACCGGGUAGUUCUAAACUGGAUAAACCUAAUCUCAGUAGUACAUCAGUUACAACAAAUGGAACAGGAGUCAAAACAGAGCCCAUGAACAGCAGUGAAACAACAACAACAACUGGAGAUGGAUCGCUUGACACUUUUACUGGGUCAGUAAUAACAAGUAGUGGCUAUAGCCCAAGAUCAGCGCACCAGUACUCUCCGCAGAUAUAUCCUUCCAAGCCCUAUCCACACAUUCUUUCUACACCAGCAGCUCAAACAAUGUCUGCCUAUGCCGGACAAACCCAGUAUUCAGGAAUGCAGCAACCAGCAGUCUAUACAGCCUACUCACAGACAGGACAGCCAUACAGCCUACCUACUUACGAUUUGGGUGUAAUGUUGCCAGGCAUCAAGACGGAAAGUGGGCUCUCGCAGACACAGUCACCACUGCAGAGUGGGUGCCUCAGUUACAGCCCAGGGUUUUCCACCCCACAGCCAGGCCAAACACCGUAUUCUUAUCAGAUGCCAGGUUCUAGUUUUACACCAUCAUCCACUAUUUAUGCAAACAAUUCUGUUUCAAAUUCUACGAACUUCAGUAGUUCACAACAGGAUUAUCCAUCAUACACAGCUUUUGGCCAAAACCAGUAUGCACAGUAUUACUCAGCAUCAACAUAUGGUGCAUAUAUGACCUCAAACAACACGGCCGAUGGCACUUCAUCAUCAUCAUCAACCUACCAGUUACAGGAAUCUCUCCCUGGCCUGACUAGUCAACCAGGUACAGAUCUGCAUUCAGGGGAGUUUGACACAGUGCAGAGCCCCUCCACGCCAAUCAAAGAUCUUGAUGAGAGAACAUGUAGGAGUUCUGGGUCAAAGUCUCGGGGUAGAGGGCGGAAGAAUAAUCCAUCACCCCCUCCGGACAGUGACUUGGAGCGUGUAUUUGUAUGGGAUUUGGAUGAAACAAUCAUAGUUUUUCAUUCGCUGCUUACAGGAUCCUAUGCACAAAAGUAUGGCAAGGAUCCACCAAUGGCGGUGACCCUUGGACUGCGAAUGGAAGAAAUGAUUUUUAAUCUUGCUGAUACGCAUUUAUUUUUUAAUGAUUUAGAGGAAUGUGAUCAAGUUCACAUAGAUGAUGUUUCUUCUGAUGAUAAUGGACAAGACCUAAGUACCUACAGUUUUGCAACUGAUGGCUUCCAUGCAGCUGCAAGUAGUGCAAACCUUUGUCUGCCAACAGGUGUAAGAGGAGGGGUUGACUGGAUGAGGAAGCUGGCUUUCCGUUACAGAAGAGUAAAAGAGUUGUAUAAUACUUACAAGAACAACAUAGGAGGACUCCUAGGUCCUGCAAAAAGAGAUGCAUGGUUGCAAUUAAGAGCAGAGAUUGAAGCUCUGACAGACUCCUGGCUAACAAAUGCACUUAAAUCCUUAUCAAUUAUCAGCACAAGGAGUAACUGUGUAAAUGUGUUGGUAACAACAACCCAGCUUAUCCCAGCACUUGCAAAAGUCUUGCUAUACAGUUUAGGAGGAGCUUUUCCCAUUGAAAAUAUUUACAGUGCAACUAAAAUAGGCAAAGAGAGCUGUUUUGAGCGUAUAGUGUCCAGAUUUGGCACUAACAUAACUUAUGUUGUGAUUGGAGAUGGCCGAGAUGAGGAGCAUGCAGCUAAUCAGCACAACAUGCCUUUCUGGAGGAUAUCCAGUCAUUCGGACCUCUUGGCUCUCCAUCAAGCACUGGAACUAGAGUAUUUGUAACUGUGUUCUAAAGUUGGCGAUCCUUUUUUAUAUAUAUAUAUUUCAAGUACACUGAAUUUUUAUGUGUGAUUCAAUGCCUCUGGCUUUACACAUAUGAAUUGUCUUAAGAAGGGAAGAAAUAUUUGGAAUUAAAAAUUCCAAAUUGAAGAAUUCAGAUUGCUGAAUGGAGUUAAAACAUUAGCGCUACGUAAGGAAGCUCUAUGGUCUUAUAUAUGCAACGUUUUUAAAUGGAUUAAAACUGUGGAGGUUGCUGGUACACACCGAUGAGCCCUGACAGGAGUGAACAAAGGACUCGAACUGGCAAAGCACCAACAUGCGUUUUCCAACCCACAAGGUGUUGUUCAACAACAUUCCUCAAAAUGGGAUAUAUUCUCAGCACUGAGGUUUGAACCAGACUUUAGCCUACCUAACCCAGAAAAUCUGAAUUGGAAUGCACUCAGACUGUAUAAUGACAAUCCUGUCUAGACCUGUAAUUUGUGUAAAUUAUUGAUGAAAAUAACUUACUGUGACUUUAUUAGCAGCUGAUUUUGGAAGUGGAUGCAAUUUUUCUUUCUUUUUGGGGGUCGGGGAGGGAGAGGGUUAUAUAAUAUUGUCUCUUUUAUAAGUUUGGCAAACAGAAUGUGCAUAAUGAUGUGUUGUGCCUUAAGGAGAAGACUGUGUUUGUGUGUUAUAAUGUAACUUUGGUUAAAAACUAUGUAGAUAAACAAACAAAAAAAAAGCCUUUGUGAUAAUUUUUGACAUGACCAAAUUUGAAAUUCAGAGAAAUCAAAGAGAGUGACUGCACCAAAGCAUUUAAGUUUUUGUUGCAGUAAGAAAAAAGAAUAAUAAAGGAAAGUUUGUGUUUUUAUUUGGAUUCUCAAUAAUUCCACUGACUGAGGAAAGUUGAGAGUACGCUGGGAGGUUGAUAGUGGGGACCGCUACCAUGAAAGCUAAAAAAGAAGAGUUUAACACUUUCAACAUCAUUUCUUGAUUCUCUGAUGAGAUAACUAGGAGCCAUUUUCAUGAAUUACUUAGUCCACUGAAAGCCAUGCAAUGAGUGUAUUUGCUGUAUUUGAAGGAACAAACUCGCAGCCAACUGAUGAAGUAUCUGGACUGCACUAAUGGCAUUACUGGAAGGUGAAAAUAUUAAAUUAAGCACAGAUGGAGGAUAAAACACAGGUUCUUUAGAAAGAAAAGAAUUCUAAAGAAUGUCUUACUGGUCAAAUGCACAAAUUAUGCUAUAUUCAGCAUAUUUAGGCAGCUGGAAUUGCUGGCAAGAUGGCAUUGGCCCACUCAGGAGUACAGUCCAUUUUGGUCAAUAUUUUGGCAUAUUUUAGUAGCUUUUCCAUUUAGUUCCACAUACAGAUGUCUUCUGUUUUGGGUCAACAUGUCUUUCUUCACCUAAUUUUGAUUACGAAAGAUUAAUAUACAGGAGCAACCCUUAAGGGUCUUUGCAUUCAGCUAUUUCAACAGCAUGCCAGGCAUCUGAAGAGAGGAUAAGGAGGAGAUUUUGAUGAAGAAAUACUGAGAAAUAUGUUAACUUUAGUCAUAUGUAUUAAUAAUUUUGGUCCACAUGGUGAUAAUUACCUUGCAAGUACUGAACAAGCUGUCUUUCAGCUCUGGAAAAUGAGCAAGGUCCGUUUUCAACAGAAGAGUCCCAGCACUCCACAUGAACACUCUACAGCAACUGCAGUGGUUCAUCUUUCAUUGCAGAAGAUGGAAACUGCUUUUUUGAUUUUUAUUGCUCUAUGUGGAGAUGCCUGAGGUUGCCUGUGCUCUGACUCUGUGAAGAAGUGUGAACAAGAGAUGUUAAAUGUAAACUCCAAUGAUGCUUACAGAAGUACAGCUAUCAGCACUGAGCUGAAUUUCUUCCACCCCUGUUUUGAAGCCAGUGUAUGCCUAGUUACCAGGUAGUAAGCAGAUUUUAUCUUUGUUGAUGUAUUACAUGAAAGUUAUUUGGUAAGUGAAAGCUUGGAGCUACUAAAAAAUCAAGACAAAACUCUUUUGUAACUUCAUGAAAAUGGAAUUUGUUUGCUGCUUUGGAAUUGGAUAUACAAGUCAUCAUAAAAGAAAAAUAAUUUUUUGUUAUCAUUGGAAAGUGUGAAGCCAUGAGAAUAACCACACAUGAAAUCACUAUACACCAGUUACGUGGGUGAUAGAUAUGUGUAUUCAACAAAUAAAAAUGAUACAUACCUUAUUUAUAUUUACAGAACUUGCCUAGUCACAUUUGCUUAGAAGUACAUUUUCAUAAGACCUGUGGUGCCAGUUUUUCAUAGUCUUCAAGUGGGAAAAAAAUGUUUCUACUGGAACAGGAAAAAAGGUUGAACAAAGCCCUUCUCAAGUUCCAGCACCAUAACAUUGCAUGAGAA